AUGGCAGCAAAUAGGCGCACACUAGAACUCGGCAAUGUCCUCGUCGUCGGAGGCUGCGGCUUUUUGGGGUGGCACAUGGUCGAUCACUUGCUGAACUUCCCCUCCGAGACCGACCCCAGCUACGCACUCGCGAAGCCCGUCGGCGACGCGCGCUUCGAAUAUCCCACCCUGGGCUCCCGCUACCCGACCACCCAUUCGACCGUCUCAGUGGUUGAUUUGCGCACGACCAACAACCGCCUCCCCGGCGCCCAGUACUACGAUGGCGACAUCACCUCUGUUGAGUCCAUGCUGGAAGUCUUCCGUACCGUCAAGCCCGAUCUCGUCAUCCACACUGCAUCGCCCUCAAUGAUCGAGGGCAACAAGCCCCCUGCUGCACAAGGCACACGCACGCUUCUGGAGGUCGCAGGUGGUGAGCACGGAGACUGGGGCGGCAAGUGCAAGGCAUUUGUGUACACCAGUUCCAGCUCCGUAGUCCACGACACACAGAGUGAUCUGAAGAACGUGAAUGAGGAAUGGCCUUACAUCCGCGGACCUGCGCAGAAGGAAUACUACUCCGAAACCAAGGCCGACGCCGAAGAACUCGUUCUGAAGUACAACAAGAAGUCCCCGACCGAGAUGCUCACUGCCGCGAUCCGACCUGCCGGCAUCCACGGCGAGAAGGACACAACCGUCACACACAAGAUCCUCGAGCACGGCUCCCAGGCCUCAGACCGCGUUCUGCGCAUGCAGCUCGGUGAGAACGACAACCUGUUCGACUUCACCUACGUGGGCAACGUGGUCUAUGGCCACUUGCUCGCCGGCCACCGGCUCCUGGCGAGCUACGACCACAUCGCAGCUGGCAAGGGCGGGCCCCUGGACUACGAGCGCGUGGACGGCGAGGCAUUCAACAUCACCAACGACUCCCCUGUCUACUUCUGGGAUGUGACUCGUGCCAUGUGGGCAUUGAUUGACCGCAUUGUUGAACCGCACCAGGUGUGGGCCCUUCCGGAGGGUCUUCUUGAGACCGUUGGUGGUCUCGCGGAGACUGUUAUGGGCUUGUUUGGGAAGACCCCGCGUCUCACAGCCCGCACAGUGCGUUACUCUUGCAUGACCCGUUACUACUCGACCGAGAAGGCCAAGCGCCGUCUGGCGUAUGCGCCCGUCGUGCCUUUGGACGAGGGUAUUGCCCGCGCCGUGGGAUUCAUUGUGGCACAGCAAAAGUCUGAUGCGGCCAAGAAGAGUUUGUAA